AUGAACUUGUGCUUCAACUCUUCAAUUUCGACAAUGGUGUAUCCAUGUUCAAUGCAAUUUUCUUGUGAUGUUAGGCUCAAAACUAAUAAUAAUGGACCUGGUAGUUUCCAGCAUCAUAAUCUGGCGCGGGUUCAUCGAUUACAUUUGGUUACCAUGAAUCUUUUACCGCGAACUUUGAAACGAGAUUCUUUGGGACUCCAUUUUUCAAGUGGAGUACAUGCGCCAAUAAGGCAGACUCCUUCCAGGUGCAGUGUUUUUGUAUGUCGGUCUGCCAUGCUACCAGGUGGAGGGAGUGGGACUGCCCUCGUGAAAUCUGCUAGCGUUUUCUUAACAAGAUGUUUAUGCAGGUCAUAUGAUUCUUUACUGGGAAGCCCUGUUUUGCUUCGAUUGAUCCCAGCCCUUGGUAUUAUUGCCUUUGCUGUUUAUGGUAUAGAGCCACUCCUUCGUCUCAGCAGGAUUCUAUUUCUUCAACGGACUGACAGUAAUUGGAAGAAAAGUAGUUCGCGAUAUGUUAUGACAUCAUAUUUUCAGCCAUUAUUGUUGUGGACUGGGGCAAUGCUCAUAUGCAGGGCAUUAGAUCCAAUUGUCCUGCCAUCUCCGAAUAGCCAGGUUGUGAAACAACGACUGCUUAAUUUUGUGAGAUCUUUGUCAACAGUGAUUUCAUUUGCGCAUUGUUUAUCAAGCUUAAUUCAACAAGCUCAAAAAUUAUUUUUGGAUGCAAAUGAAUCCAGUGAUGCAAGAAAUAUGGGCCUUGAUUUUGCUGGGAAGGCAAUAUACACUGCUGUAUGGGUUGCUGCUGUGUCAUUGUUCAUGGAAUUGCUAGGUUUCUCCACACAGAAGUGGUUAACUGCUGGUGGGUUGGGCACAGUAUUGCUCACUCUUGCUGGCCGGGAGAUAUUUACGAACUUCCUGUCAAGUAUAAUGAUCCAUGCAACUCGGCCAUUUGUAUUGAAUGAGUGGAUUCAAACAAAGAUUGAUGGAUAUGAGGUUUCUGGCACCGUUGAGCAUGUGGGCUGGUGGUCACCGACCAUUAUUAGAGGUGAUGAUCGUGAAGCAGUUCAUAUUCCUAAUCAUAAGUUCACUGUCAAUGUUGUGAGAAAUUUGACUCAGAAAUCUCAUUGGCGUAUCAAGAGUUACAUUUCUAUCAGUCAUUUGGAUGUUAACAAAAUUAACAGUAUUGUAGCAGAUAUGCGCAAGGUUUUGGCUAAAAACCCCCAAGUGGAGCAGCAGAGAUUGCACAGAAGGGUAUUUUUGGAAGACAUCAAUCCUGAAAACCAAGCUCUAAAGAUAUUGAUAUCUUGCUUUGUGAAGACUUCACAUUUUGAGGAGUACCUCUGUGUUAAGGAGGCAAUCCUUUUGGAUCUUCUCAGAGUUGUCAGUCAUCAUCGUGCUCGGUUAGCCACUCCCAUCCGCACAGUUCAGAAAAUAUACAGUGAGCCUGCCUCAGAAAAUAUUCCCUUUGGCGAUGGCAUUUUUACUCGAUCCAGAGCAGCAGUAAAUCGUCCAUUCCUACUAAUAGAACCCACAUAUAAAGUUAACGGUGAAGAUAAAGUUAAGCCGUCAACUCGAUCAACUCGUGGCAAUGAGGAAAAAGAUGCUAAGAUAGAGGAACCAGUGGCAUCUGACUCCAAAAGUGAUGAGAAUUUUGCAGGAACUUCAUCCUCUCCACCUGGUGUAAACUCCAAGGAUAGGUCCAAGUCAACCUCUGAUGCUCAAAUCCAGAACAUGGGUUCCGAAGGUUCAAUGGAGAAGACCACAAAAACCAUGCAGCCUAAAAAAGAGAGUGCUGGAGAUGUAGGGAAGGGAAGUACAAUUCCUGUAUCUAAAAACCUUGCACAAAGUACUGUAUCAGAAACUUCUGUUACUUCCCCCGAGUCUAGCAGGGAAGACACUUCUUCUGCUAAUGACGACAAAUCUUCUGUGUCAUCAUCACCAGUUAGGCCUCCCUUAGACGAGAAUAUUCUUCUUGGGGUUGCACUUGAAGGCUCAAAACGCACCCUUCCAAUUGAGGAUGAAGUUAGUCCAUCUCCUAACUCGGCUGAGUCACAGGAAUUUGCCGCCCAACGGAAUGGGAAUGGAGCUCCUGCUAACAAAGAUAAGAAGGAUGGUCCAAUAUCCUGA